UGGUACCACCCCCUUAGCUGUUCUCAAUGGCACGGCGGAAUCCUGGCGCCUGUCGCUCAACAAGCGGGGAAUAACUGGCAAAAAACUAUGCCUGUUUCUUACAAGGACCAGAUCAGUUUACAGCGGAUUCAUUUCGUCCCCACUUUCCGUCGGGGAGUACAUUCUAGCUAGAGGACUGUAUGUUGGCACUUGCGUUUACUCGUCUACUCCCUUGUGUUCGAAGGGACAUCAACUGUUGAACCAUUGGUCAAGCUGCAAGUGGUCAGAAUCCUCCAGACAGGGCCGGUCAGUGGUCAGCAGCAGGUGCGCCGCGUGAAUUCAGAACGCGCAGUGUGAGAGAACGAGGGAAGAAGUGAGGAAGGAAGGAAGGUCGGAAGAUGAGCAGUUACGGUAUAGCUCCGACUCCGGAUCACCAGUUUGGCAGUAAUUUUGACAAAGUUCACCAUUACACGGCGGCAGCAUUACACAACAACAAAGCCAACUUCAGUGUCAGCCAUUUGUUGGACUUGGAAGAGUUACCAAGUGAAAAUUGUGCAAUGUUUGCUAACACCGAUCCUUCUCAGCACGGACUACCCACCCCACAGGGGUGUUCCCCGACCUUGAAUGGCAACAUUCCCCACCCCCCGGGCAGCAGUCCUGAGGGUCAUCACCACCAGCCCGAGAGGAACAAUAGCUCAGACAACGAUGACGACAAGAAGGAUGACGGUGACGGCAAACGACGACGGAAACAGCGGCGUAACCGCACAACGUUCAACAGCACCCAGCUAGCGGCGCUCGAGCGAGUGUUUGAGAGGACACACUACCCAGAUGCCUUCGUUCGAGAGGAGCUGGCCAGGCCGGGAAGCCUGGAGUGUGCAUCCCUGGAGGAAAACCUGCUGGACAUGCAGCAUCAGCCGUCCUCUAUCAAUGGUCCAUCAAUGGAUCUUAUUAACAUGUUCAUGAUGAUGCCCCGUGAUGACGAGGUCUACAACUGCUUCAACCAGUUAGGACGGUCAGCGUCUUGGUGUAUGGUGUUUUCCCCGGCUGCGGCUGCUGCUGCUGCUGCUGUUGCUGCUGCUGCAUCAGGGUGA